CGCCAAACAUGACGACCCGGGACGAACUGCCACCGGCGGUGGAUGCACCAUCAUCCAACGUGGGCGCUACGACAUCGCCGGCACCACCGCCGUCGUUGCUGCUGUUUCCACCAGUGGACCCGUUAGAGAAUGGACUGAUGGCUCUGAUAGCUCCCUCCGAAGAGUCUGGCACCGCCAUCGAUGGCAAUAGGACAAAGCUACAGGGGUCGGUACUAGCAGCGAUCGUGGCAUGGGUGGAAGUGAUUGCAUUCCUCGGUGAAACGUUCUUUGCCAUGAUCUUGUCCGUGGUGUGUCGAAGUGCAUUGCAUGCGCUUGCCACCGUCGUGCUGUCGUCCAAUCCAUCGCUCCCCCCAUCCAAGCCAAAUGUAUGGGAAAGCCUAUGGGACGCCACCUUUGUGUGUCUGUACGUGUUGCGUCGGUCAGCGGCCAACUUUCACCAGCCGUCGCUGCAAGCUUGGAUUCAACGGUUGGGCCUGUGGCCGCCAAUAUCAAUGUCGUCGUCGGUGGCCUUAGCUUUGAUAGCAUAUCAAGUGGUUGGCUUUGCCGUGGUUGUGAGCUGGCAAUACUGGACCAACAACUGGGUGUUUACAUGGAGCAACUACUCGACUUUGCAGCAUGUCCUUGAGAUCCUCUUGUUCUCUCCUAUUAAAGAAGAACUGGUAUUUCGUGGCGUGGCCUUUCACCUUGUCGUGAAUCGCCUGCCAAUGUACCCGAAACAAGCUGUGGGCGUCGUGAGUGUGCUAUUUGGAAGCACGCACUUGCUAAAUGUCCGCCAUGCCAACUUUUCCGCCUUGUAUGUGGCCAUGCAGCUAUGUUUUGGCAUUGAAAUUGGCUAUUUUUACGGCCUCCAGUACAUUCAAACUCGGUCGUUGGGCCAGCUUGUGGUGCUACAUAUAGUCAACAAUGUCUUGUCGAGCUUUACAUCGACGCAAAUGGAGGACCUACUAGCGUCGCCCCUGUUGCUUGUUUUAUUCGUGCAUUCCGUGGUGGUGUAUGGCGUGUUGAUUCGAUAUACGCUUGGGCAACUGCACCACUUUGACCGGACGAAAUCGAGUUAGUUUACGAAACCAAUAGGACAACGUCGUAUGUAUUAACUAGUAAUAGGAAUUAUUACAAUGAUUAACAUCGA